CUGAUUUACGCAACAAAAUGAAUUGAGUGGCACUAAUACGCACAUGGUAAGCUCUCUACAACUUGCAAAUAAAAGUAAAGGACGGCAGGCUAUCACAGAGCCAAUUUCUUCUUGAUGCCGAUCCUAACCUUGAGAAGAUAAUGGCCUGAUGAUGAUGGUGUGUGCUGGACGAAGGGUUGCAUCGUCUUGUAUCUCAUUCCCACUCUCAAAGAAGCUCCUCAUGGACUGCCACCCAUCAUCUGCUUCCAAGAGCUGCUCCGGGUCUGGACUUAUGGCCUUGGCGAAGCAGCUGCGCCUGUAUAAGGCUCCACCAAGCUAUGUGGAUGAGAGGUCAGAGGCGGUCUCUACGGUGGGUUUUCAAGAAUCUAUGACCUCAGUUGUUGGGGGGUUUCAACGAUCUACAACCAAGAGGGCUGCUGUCUUGAUCUGCCUCUUUGAAGGUGCUGCUGGAGAGUUUCGUGUUAUUCUCACUAAGAGGUCUUCAAAUCUCUCUUCCCACUCUGGUGAAGUUGCAUUGCCAGGCGGAAAGGCAGAAGAAGGUGAUGCAAGUGACGCUGAAACCGCUACAAGGGAAGCUGAGGAAGAAAUCGGGCUGAAUCCCUCACUUGUUAAUGUCCUCACAUGCCUUGAGCCAUUCAUGUCUAAGCACCUGUUUAGAGUAAUUCCUGUUAUUGGAAUUCUCACUGAUAAGAAAGCAUUCAAUCCCACACCUAAUGUCGCUGAAGUAGAGGCUGUUUUUGAUGUGCCAUUAGAAAUGUUUCUCAAGGAUGAGCACAGAAGAUCAGAAGAAAGAGAAUGGAUGGGGCGCAACUAUUUAAUCCACUACUUUGAUUAUGAGAUGGGGGAAAACAACAAGUAUCUGAUUUGGGGAUUAACAGCUGGUAUCUUGAUCAGGGCUGCUUCCAUUGUGUAUCAAAGGCCACCCGAUUUUCUGGAGCAACUUCCUAAUUUCAAGGUUCCCAGCAGCAGCAGCAGCAACCUUGACUUGAAUUUUAAAAACGCUCUGUGAGUUAGGUCCUAUGUGUGAUUUUUUGCCGAAAAUCUGGUUCUCUAUAAACUCCUUGAAGUGAUAGUGUUGCUGGGAUCUUGAUGAACAUUGUCCAGAAACAAAACAAAUGUAGUUUGCCUUCUAUCCAUGCUUGGCUUCAGAUGGCAUUCUUCGGCCUUUCAGAGAGGACAAAAUUUCUGCUGUGAUUUGCUCCAAAUCGAUAAUUGGGAUUAUUUGUGAAUUUAAAAUACUCAGAUCUGUAUAUCCUUUCGGUUAAUGAGCGAGGAACAAAUCGCUAUGACAGAAUUUAAGUUGUGAAGAUCCAUUGGAUCCAUUUUUUUAGAAUGAUCCAUUGGAUCCAUUAUAUAAAAUAUUUGAUCAUUUAACAUUGCC